AUGCCUUUAUUCUAUUUAAGAACUUAAUUAAUAAUUAUUCUUUCUGGAAUAGAAAUUUCUUUAAGCUAAAAGUCUACAAGAAAACUUAAAAAUAACAUAUUCUUAAGAUUUAAUUUUAACUUCCACCUGAAUUGGAGAAUCUAUCUAAAUUUAUUAAUGUACAAGCUCAACAUGCAUACUGAAUAUAUUGGAUAAAGAAUUGGAUUGAAAUUUUUGCAGUCUACUUAAUGA